GAUCUGUUGUCGCUGUGGUCAGCGUCCUUAAGAUCAGCUGUUGGACUUCCCAUCGAGAUUCGAGAGCCCGUGAUCAAUAUCUUUGGGCCACCAGCCUCCGGAAUCUGCGGCCCCGCGGCGUGCGUGUGAUCCACCAUGCCGUCCUCGACGGUGGUAUGGACUGACCAUCACGCCUUUUUGUUCCACGGUCUGCGUGAGUUAUUGUCCACGGGCGAGGGCAGCGACUUCCAAAUCAAAUGCCACGAUCGCGUGUUCAAAGUGCACAAACUCAUCCUGAACUUGUACACGGACUACUUCAAAAACACGGACGGCAUUUGGCUGCGCAUCCAGAUGGACCCGGCCAUCCUGGAGAAGAUUCUGACCUUCCUGUACCACGGCCAGGUGAACGUCCAAUAUGACGAGAUGGAGACUUUCCUGGAGUGUUGCCGCACCUUCAAUAUCCGGCUCUUCAAAGAUGACAGCAUCGUGGAGGACCCAUCGCUCAUCCUCUUGGGCGAUGAAAACUUCUUUCAGGAGCGAUACGAGCUCAACGAUUUCCAGCUCAUGUGUCGCGCCUGCUAUAAAGUAUUUCCGGAUGACAAGGCCCUCAAGAAGCACACGUGGGCGUGUCUACGCAAGGCCACUUUCGCCUGUCGCUUCUGCGAAAAGACCUUCAAGCAUAAGCCCACUUUGGUGGACCAUGAACGCUUCCAUACUGGGGAGAAGCCCUUCCAGUGUCCGGAUUGUGACAAGGCCUUCACCUUGAAAGGCACCAUGACCAAUCAUUACAAUGAGAAACACAAAGGCAUGACUUAUCCUUGUGAAGAGUGCGGUAUGAUCAAGAAGUCCAAAAUGUCGUUGCGCUACCACAUGUACACCAAGCACGCCAAGACCCUGCCGUUCGCUUGCAAUGAGUGCGGGCAAUGUUUCGCUCUCAAAUCAAUCCUAACCUCGCACAUUAAUGCCAAGCACAAUACCAAGGGCGACUCCGCGGACCCGGGGAAGAAAUCCAAAUCCAAACGACUCACCUUGGCUGCCUCGGAGCGACGCUAUGUCGGGAAGAAGCAGGUCCAGUCCAUGGGAUUCUGGAAGAUUCACAUAGGACCGAUGAAGAUGAAGUGCUUCUACUGUAAUAAUAUCUUCUCGCGCCACCAUUUCACGCCUCAUCUCAAACGCAUUCAUCCCGAGCGUCCCAUCACCAAAGAUAUGCUCACAGAAUUGGAUAAUCGACUCAAGGCCGUGCUGCUGCAACGACAACGAGCCCCGUAUUCCGCCAACCCCGAACCUGGCGACUCGAAUCAAGAAGACGUCAAAGACACGAAAAUCGAACAUGAACCCGUCGUGAUCGAUCCGGGCGAGGCCGGAUUUAUCGUUACCUUCCUGCUCCACGGCAUCCGUCAUCUGUGGAUCACGGGCGAGGGUAGUGAUUUCCACAUCAAAUGUGGUGCCCGCGAAUUCGCCGUCCACAAAAUGGUGCUGAAUUUGUUCACCGACUACUUUCAAGACACGGACGGUCUCUGGCUCCGGAUCGAAAUGAACCCGGUCAUUCUAGAGAAGAUUCUGACCUUUCUCUAUUACGGUCAAGUUAACAUUCAAUACGACGAGAUGGAAACUUUUCUGCGCUCUUGUCGAUUGCUCCAGAUACGCCUCUUUCAGGAGGAGUCCUCACUGAAUCCAUUAUCGUCCUCUUCCUCCUCGCCCUCCGCGUCGCCGGCUUCUUCUUCCGUCUUACAUCCCAUGGCCCUCACCAAGGUCCCACAGGCCACGCAGCCCACAGAGCCCGCACAGCCUGCAGAGUCCACAGAGCUCUACGAGCGAUACGAGUUGUCCGACUUCCAAUUGGUGUGUCGAUCGUGCUACAAAGUAUUCCCCGAUGAUAAGGCCAUGAAGAAGCACAAGUGGGGCUGCGGUCGGAAGGCCACAUUUGCCUGCCGUUUUUGUCAUCGAGCGUUCAAGCAUAAGUUUGUGCUCACGGAUCACGAGCGGCGUCAUACGGGUGAAAAACCGCACGCAUGCACGGCUUGCCCCCUGACUUUUAGUCUUAAGUCUUCCUUGACGAAUCAUUUCGAGGCCAAGCAUAUGAAUGUUCAGUUCCCUUGUCCGGAAUGCGAUUAUGUGUUGAACUCCAAGUCAGCCCUCAAGAAUCACCUCCGCAUCAAGCACGCCAAAGAGCGGCCCUUUUCGUGCCAGCAAUGCGGGGCAUGUUUCGCUUUUCGAUGUGAUUUGACAGCGCAUGUCAAAUUGAAGCACGCCAAUUUCCUGAAAACCAAGACCGUGCCCGAAAGAGAUCCGGCUACCAUUCUCAAACCCGCCGAGCGUCAAUAUCACGGCCAAAAGCUGAUCCAGUCCAAGGGCUUUUGGAAGAUGUACAUCGGUCCCUUGCGGGUCAAAUGCUUCUUUUGCCAACACGUCAUGCUUCGCCAGUCCCUGGGGCGUCAUUUCAAGCAGGUCCAUCCCGAUGAGAAGGUGACUAAGCCCAUGCUCACCGAACUAGACCAAAGGUUAAAGACCAUGGCAUUGGAACGGAAAAGGGCUCAAGCUCAGGGGGGACUAGGUCUCCCGGGGGAGGACCUGAAAACGACCAAUAGUCCUGAAAUAUUCACUCAUGUCGACGAUAUACUUAGUUGGAGGAGGAGCGGGUGGGUGGUGAGCCAGGCCAGGAUGCCGUCAUCGCGUGUCCUCUGGUCGGAUCAUGAGGCUUUUCUGUUCCACGGUAUUCGCCGAUUGUUGGCCACGGGCGAAGGGAGUGACUUUCGCAUUCGCUGUUUUGAUCGCGAGUUCCGCGUACACAAGUUCCUGCUCAAUUUCUUUACCGACUAUUUCUCGGAUGUGGACGGCCUCUGGCUCCGGAUCGAAAUGAAUCCCGUCAUCAUGGAGAAGAUCCUGACCUUUCUCUACCACGGCCAGGUCAACAUCGAAUACGACGAGAUGGAGACUUUCCUGGAGUGCGCCCGCCUCCUCCAGAUCCGUCUCUUCAAAGAUGACUCCAUCAGUGGCGAUCCUCUGGAUGAGGCCGAUGGCCAGGCCGGGUCGGACCCCCACUCACCCCCACCCGAACGCUACGAGCUCAAUGACUUCCAAUUGCUGUGCCGCACCUGUUAUAAGGUCUAUCGGGAUGAUAAGGCCCUGAAAAAGCAUUUGUGGGCGUGUCAGCGCAAGCCCACGUUCGCGUGUGAUCAAUGCGACAAGGUGUUUCGCUUUCGCGCCCAACUCACCGAGCACUACCGCAUUCACACGCAAGAAAAGCCCUUCGUGUGCCCGGAUCCGAAUUGCUCAGCCGCCUUCAACUACAAGUCCAGUUUGACGCUGCACUUUGAUCAGAAACACAAGCACGUCACGUACCCGUGUCCGGACUGCGGCCAAGUGCUCACCAAUAAGACCAAGUGGCUCUAUCACCGACGAAAGCUACAUCCCAAGAUCAAGCCCUUCGCUUGCAAGGAAUGCGGCGAAUGCUUCGUGAGUAAGGCCUUCCUGGCCUCGCACAACCGACUCAAGCAUAUUCGGCACGCUCAAAUUAGUGCCAAAUCCGAAUUAGAUCAGGCCAUUAUUCUCGAUCCCUCAGAGCGAGUUUACCACGGCAAGAAAACCCGCUAUUCCAUGGGCUUCUGGAAUAUCUUCGUGGCCAAAAUGAGCGUCAAAUGUUUCUUCUGUCCCAAGAUUCUGUUCAGGUCGUCGCUUUUGCCCCAUUGGAAAAAUAAGCAUGCCAACAUCAAAGUCGUGAAACCGAUGUUGCGAGAACUCGAUGACCGACUCAAAGUGAUCGCCUUGGCCCGAAAACAAGAGCGAGAUCGCCGUAAGAGCCAACUACAGCUGGCAUCUGUGGCCGAAGAGAACGGUCCAAAUUUGGAGGUUGAACCCGAACCCGAACCGCCCUACCUUCAAGUUCAUGACAUAUUAAACCAAUAUCGUUCUUUGAUUCAGGCCAACGCGCCCAAACAGUCUUCAUCGUCGUCGGCUGAGGAAGACUAAAUAUAUUCGUUGCUAAAUAAAAACCUUGCUUCUACA